AUGUCGAACGCGACGUAUGACUUGGUGUGGCGAGAGACGAUGGCCGAGCUGAACGAGCAGGUGCACAUCGAGGACAACACGUUAAACGUGGCCGAGGGCGACGAGCCACCGCCGCCUCCCCCGCAAGCCACUAUCAUGGAAGCCUUCCAGCACUUCGCCUGCCUGUACAUCAAGUAUGUGCAGAUCUUCAAGCGCCUGGAGAUGUGCUACGACGCCAUGGUGCACCCGCAGAAGCGAAUAGACGUCAAGAUGGUCCUCGAGCUGGUGAUCCGGCGCGUGCUGGAGCUCAAGCACGAGCUCGUCAAGUGGAACCCGCCCAACGCGGACAUGCGCUUCCCGCCGCCAGCCCCAGAGCAGGCGUUUCCUUGGGACUAUGUCAACCUCGACGACAUCCUCGUCGACCUGAAGCUCUCGCCAGACACGCUCGACGUCGCUGUGCCCAGGUACUUCAAGCAGGACGUCGCGGUCGAGAUCACCGCUCGGGACACGCUCGUCAAGGGCUACAUAAAGCUCAAGCUUAACACCGCCGAUGGGUUACCGCUGGACGACAAAGAGGACCCCGACUCGGCCGCAGGAGAAAUGACACUAGAUAAGGCACUCGAGAUUAUUCAACGGAACGAGCGAGGCCGGCAGGGAAAGCAGAGGGCCCUGCUGUUGAAGGAGCUCAGGGAAGAGGAAAAGAAGAGGCGCAUUUACGACGCGACGGACCAGUUGGAAAUGGACCCGGAGAUCGCCGCCGCAAACAUCCAGCGACUUUUUCGUGGGUCGGCAGCCCGAAGGCGUGCGAGACAAGAGCGCGAGGACGAGAUGAUCUAUAUCGGGAUGAAGCCCGCGGAGAGCACUCUGGACGAGUUGCAGAGGGAGCUGGACAUUGCGUAUCAAAAGCGGAAACAGGAGCAGACGGACAAUAGAGACGCGUACGAGGAGGCUCUGGAGGAUCUUAAGGACGUCGUGCUCGAAGAGGAGGGUCCAGAGAUGCGAGAGAGCCUUCGGGAGGAGCGAACGCUGUGGGUAACGGAUCAGAUCGCGCAGGACAAGUUCCCGGAGGACCUCGAGGCGUUCUACCUUCUCAAGAACCCACCAUCCGAAGAGAAACCUCCGACGGAGGAGGAGGGCGGCGGCAAGAAGGGGAAGGGGAAAGACGCGAAAGGGAAGGGCGACAAAGAGGACAAGGGAAAGGGGAAGGGGAAGGGGGGAAAAGGCGGGAAAGGAGGCAAGGGGAAAAAGGGGGGCAAGGGAGGCGGGGGGGAUCCGGAUGAGCCACCGGAGCUGCCGCCUCCUCUGCAGGGGAAAUCCGAGCUCGCCGAGAAAAUCUUCGCCGAAGUCAAGCACUUCUCUGGCGUAUGGGAGGAUCGCGAUGAGAGCGAUAACUUCGCUCAGAAGCACGACGUUUCCCUCGCGAAGGACAAGAUCCGACCGAGCGUCAUUGAAGAGAUUCGCAAGCAGGUAGACGAGAUGCUGCUGAUGAACCUUCAGAAGAUCAAGAUGCAGGUGGCGAAGCAGGCCGAAAAGAAGGGCGGCAAGAAAGGGGGCAAGGGCGGGGGAAAGAAGGGAGGGAAGGGCGGGAAGAAGGGGGGCAAGAAGGGGAAAGGGGACAAGAAGGGGAAGAAAAAAGGUUUGCCCGGGGACAAGAUCAGUGAGCUUAAGAACAUGGACACGGACCAGAUGCUCUCGUUGUUAGUGGAGAACCGGCUGAUCAGCACCGCGGCGCCUCGGCGGGUGUCGGACUUCGUCGGGGACUUCAACUACCUCGGGAUGAUCCACCAGCACACAGAACGACGGGAAGGCCAGUGGAUACCGCAGGACCCGUCCAUGGCCCAGCUGAGGCAGCUCGUCACCGAGUACUGCAUCCUUCCGGUCGGCUCGAAGCAGCUCAAGGCUUCUUUGAAGCCGGAGCACAACCUGAAAGCGGUCAUGCUGUACGGUCCGGGCGGCGCGGGGAAGACCAUGAUGGUCGAGGCCAUUGCGUCCGAGCUGGGUGCCCUGGUCAUCAACCUCUCCCCGAGCAGGCUGAAGGGGCUAUUCCCGGGGAAAACCGGCCCUACAAAGGCUGUGCACAUGGCCUUCGAGGUCGCGAGGGACGUGUCCAUGGCUCCAGUCGUGAUCUACGUCGACGAGUGCGAACAGAUGUUUGCGGCGGGGGGCAAGAAGGGGAAAGGGGCGGACAAGGAAGGGGCAGCCCGAUUCAAGAAGGAUAUUAUCACCUACAAGAACCAGGCGUUACAACCGGAAGACCGCGUGAUCAUCGUGGGGUGCACCUCCAAGCCGGAAGCCGGGGAUGCCAAGGAGUUCAAAAACUUCUUCCAGAAGUUCCUCUACGUGCCCGCGCCGGACUAUGCCAGCCGGCUCAUGCUGUGGCACCACUUCAUUCGAGAGCGGUUAGAGCAGGGGUCCCAGGGUCACAGCGUCCAGAUCGGUAGCACGGUCGACCUCAGCACCCUGGCACACGUGUCGGAGGGCUACACGGCCGGGUCCAUCUAUCGGUCGGUCAAGACCACGCUCACGCCGCGACGGGUGCACCGCAUCGCCAAGAGGCCUCUCCUCAGCUCCGAGUUUCUGGGGGUGCUAGCCCAGCAGCAGCAGCUCCUCGUGAAAAACGUGCAGGUAUACCAAGACUUUACCGCGAAGAUUACCGGGCUUGAAGAACGGCGGAAGUUGAUCAAGGAUGCCAAGGCCUCAGAGGGCGGCGCGGACGUAGAAAGGCGGGAAGGGGAAGGCCAAGAAAGGCGGCGGCGGAAAGAAGAAGAAAAAGUGACUUCUUUCUUGUCAUAG